UGUUGCAUGUGCGAUGCAGCAAUCCACGCCGCGAACAAUGGCACCGGCAGUACUGUCGUCGUCGGGGCUGCUGCUUCUCUACCUUGCCGCCGUCGCGUCCGUCGCCGGCGUCCUCCAAGCUCGCGCACAGCCUGACAGCAUUGGUUUCAUCAGCAUAGACUGUGGCCUGUCCGGGACGGCGAGCUACGUGGACGACACCACCAAGCUGUCGUACGUCCCGGAUGCCGGGUUCAUCGACGGCGACGCCGGGUCCAACCACAACAUCUCGGCCGAGUACAUGUCGCCGAUGCUCUCGAAGCGCUACCACAACGUGCGCAGCUUCGCCGCCGGCGGCAGCGCGCGCAACUGCUACACGCUCCGCUCCAUCGUGGCGGGGCUCAAGUACCUCCUCCGCGCCACCUUCAAGUACGGCAACUACGACGGGCUGCGCCGGCUGCCCGUCUUCGACCUCCACGUCGGCGUCAACUACUGGACGACGGUGAACAUCACGGACGCCGACGCGGCCGUGAUCGUCGAGGCCAUCGUCCUCGUGCCGGACACCUCCGUGCAGGUGUGCCUCGUCGACACCGGCUCCGGGGCGCCCUUCAUCUCCGGGCUCGACCUGCGGCCGCUCAAGAGCACGCUCUACCCGCAGGCGAACGCGACGCAGGGCCUGGUCCUCCUCGGCCGGCUCAACUUCGGGCCGACCGACGACACGGAGCUCGUCAGGUACCCCGACGACCCGCACGACAGGUUGUGGAUACCCUGGGUGGACACGGCCACCUGGAACUCCGUGUCGACGGCGCAGAGGGUGCAGAACAUCGACAACGACAUGUUCGAGGCGCCGUCCAAGGUGAUGCAGACGGCGGUGGCGCCGCGCAACGGGUCGAAGAGCAUCGAGUUCAACUGGGACUCGGAGCCGACGCCCAAGGACCCGACGCCAGGGUACGUCGGCAUCUUCCACUUCUCCGAGCUGCAGCUCCUGCCCGCCGGCGCCGUGCGGCAGUUCUACAUCAACCUCAACGGCAAGCCGUGGUACCCCAAGGCUUUCACGCCGGAGUACCUCUACAGCGACGCCGUCUUCAACACCAACCCCUACAGGGGGAUCGCCCGCUACAACAUCUCCAUCAACGCCACCGCCAACUCCACGCUGCCGCCGAUCAUCAACGCCGUCGAGGUGUUCUCCGUCAUCUCCACCACCAACGUCCCCACGGACUCCCAGGACGUAUCUGCCAUCACGGCGAUCAAGGCCAAGUAUCAUGUGCAGAAGAAUUGGAUGGGUGACCCGUGCGUUCCCAAGACUCUUGCGUGGGAUGGGUUGACGUGCAGCUAUGCCAUUUCAAGCCCUCCAAGAAUCACUGGCUUGAACCUAUCCUUCAGUGGUCUUAGCGGCGACAUAUCAUCUUCUUUUGCAAACCUGAAAGCCGUCCAAAACUUGGAUCUGUCGCACAACAACUUGACAGGCUCAAUUCCUGAAUCCCUUUCGCAACUAUCUUCACUGACAGUUCUAGAUUUGACCAGCAACCAGCUCAAUGGAACAAUUCCCUCUGGACUUCUCCAAAGGAUUCAAGAUGGCUCCCUAAACCUAAAAUAUGGAAACAAUCCAAGCCUUUGCUCCAAUGGCAACUCGUGUCAGACAACGAAGCGGAAGAGCAAGCUAGCCAUCUACAUUGCCAUCGCUGUAGUUCUGGUGGUUGUGGUAUUAGUAUCAGUGGUACUGCUGCUUUGCUUCAUCCAGAAACAAAAAAAGCAAGGACCAGCGAAGAACGCCGUGAAGCCUCAGAACGAGACGCCACUGAGCCCUGCGCCAGCAGGCGACGCGUAUUCGCAGAGCUCGCUGCAGCUCGAGAACCGACGGUUCACGUACAAGGAGCUGGAGAUGAUCACGAGCAACUUCCAGCGCGUGCUCGGCCGGGGAGGCUUCGGCUCCGUCUACGAUGGCUUCUUGGAGGAUGGCACGCAGGUGGCUGUCAAGCUGCGGUCUGAUUCUUCCAAUCAGGGCGUCAAGGAGUUCCUUGCAGAGGCUCAGACCUUGACACGGAUUCAUCACAAGAAUCUCGUGUCUAUGAUCGGUUACUGCAAGGAUGGGGACUACAUGGCACUUGUCUACGAGUACAUGCCAGAAGGCACUCUACAAGAGCACAUUGCAGGAAAUGGUCGCAGCAGAGGAUUCUUGAGCUGGAGACAGAGGCUCAGAAUCGCUGUGGAGUCAGCCCAAGGGCUGGAGUAUCUACACAAAGGGUGCAACCCGUCCCUCAUUCACAGGGAUGUGAAGGCUGCCAACAUCCUACUCAACGCCAAACUGGAAGCCAAGAUCGCCGAUUUUGGCCUCACCAAGGCUUUCAAUCUUGACAACAACACUCAUGUAUCUACGAAUACACUUGUUGGUACACCCGGAUACGUUGAUCCAGAGUAUCAGGCUACGAUGCAGCCAACGACAAAGAGCGACGUCUACAGCUUCGGCGUCGUGCUGCUGGAGCUCAUCACGGGGCGGCCGGCCGUCCUGCGCGACCCGGAGCCGACGAGCGUCAUCCAGUGGGCGCGGCAGCGCCUGGCGCGGGGCAACAUCGAGGGCGUCGUCGACCCGCGCAUGCGCGGCGACCACGACGUCAACGGCGUGUGGAAGGCCGCGGACGUCGCGCUCAAGUGCACCGCGCAGGCCUCGGCGCACCGCCCCACCAUGACCGACGUCGUGGCGCAGCUCCAGGAGUGCCUCCAGCUCGAGGAGGCUCGCGCCGCCGCCGCCGCCGGCGACGUGAACGGCGGCGGCUACUACACCGGCGGCAGCAGCAGCAGCGCCGGCGGCCCAUACUCCGGUUACAAUGCGUACGGCGCCGGUGAGGGUGGCCUGUCCACUGACGUGAGCCAGAGCAGCACCGGGUUUGAGGUGGAGCACAAUUUUGGGAGGGUGCCGACGAUGCCCACGGGUCCUGCCGCGCGGUAGAGGCUUCGUUGCCCGUCUGCUCGUCCAAGCCGCUGUCUUGUACGUACGUAUUUUGUUUUUUUGCUUCACGAAAUCAUCGCGAGCUUUUUAAGGACUUCGUCAAGUAUCGUAAACGCGUGUGUACAAAUGUUCAGACAUUUGAAGUUUGUUCAGUUGCCUUUUUUUUUCUUCGGCAUCGAUGUACUACUACUACUACAAUGUAAUACUGUAUGUAUUGGAUCUUUCCGCUGUAAUUAGGACACUCCGACGCUAUUCUUCGGUCA